AUGGCCUCCGCCGACGACCAGGGCCAUCACGGCCCCCCUCCGCUCAAUCUCGCCGGGGUCCAGGUGCAGGUCGACGACUCGCUCAUCGACCCCGCGCUCCACCCCGACUUCUUCAAGGAUGGCAAGUUUGAUGACGAGCUCGCUGCCGCUGCCGUCGUUGCCGCAGCCCAGCAGCAUGAGAUGCUAGUCCAGGGUGUCCACAAUGUCCAGUCCCAGUCUGUCCCCCAGGUCGGUGACCACCAGCCGCAGCCUGGCGGCGUCGACGGCGUCAACGCAAACCUCAACGUCAUGGGCGGCUCAGUCAUGGACGUUCAUGGCAACGUCCACGGCAUGAACGACGGCAUCAACGCACAGAUGGACGGCCCUGUCGGUCCCCCUCCUGGGGAAAUGCUGGAUCUGAAGCCGGAACCGCAGCAGGCGCAGGCUGGUCCAUCCCAACCGUCUCACUUGCACGUGCGCGCCGCCGAAGCGCAGUUUGCGCCAUUCUCACGCCCGAUCCGCACCGAGGGCCAGACCCCGCAUCCUGAGAUGCUCGCGUUCACCAAUCGCGCCGAGUUCGACGUCUGGUUCGAGGGCGAGUCGUCGUGGUGCCACUUCGUGCAGCGGCGAACGACGACACCGCAGAAGCGUGCCGAGGAGCGCCUUCGCGCCCGUGUCAAGGCUCACGAGAAGAUGCUUGCCUCCCUUCCGCCCAGCGAGGCCGCUACUGCACCGCCGUUGAAGCGCCGUCGGCGCAACCGCACGUCUUCGAUCAAGGAGAAGGUUACCUUUACGUGUCACCAUGCAGGGCGCUACGAGGCGAAGCACAGCACGACGCUGCCGCGCGAGAAGCUGCGCCUGAAUACGAAGAAGAGCGUCAAGUGCGACUGCCCUGCGCGCAUCGUCCUGACCGAGAUGGAGGAUGGAGAGUGCAAGGUCUCCUACUUCUGGAAGCACGAGGGACACGACGCCUAUGCCGACGAUGAGCUCGAGUCCGGCCGCCUGCCAAAGGUUAUCGACGAAUGGCUGGUGGCCCAGAUUGAGGCGGGCAAGGAUACGGAUGCGAUUCGCCGCUCGCUCAUGAUGACUGAGGAGGAGAAGAGCGCGUACCUCGCGCAGAUCGCGCAGGACCCGCACAACGUGGACCCCGACAAGCCCCCUGCGCUCGCCCUUACCCUCAAGGUCAAGUACCCCGAUAUCUACAACCGGUUCCGCAAGUUGCGCGGCCCGAUCAAGGACUUUAAGCCACCCAAGAACCCGCGCGGCAACCGGAAGCGGGGCGCCAACUCGUCCAAGGAGCCCGAGAGCGGGGAGAGCGCGACGCCCAAGUCUGGCGAGGCGACCUCAUCCGCAGACGCCGCACCCACCAACGAGCAGCAGGCGCAGGCGCAGGCCCAGGCUCAGGCUGUGCAGGCCCACGCCCAGCAGCAGCAGUUUGGGCCCCAGCCCGUGCAACAGAGCACGAUUGGCGUCGAUAAGGCUCCCGGCGCUGCUGUUCAGCAGAUGGACCAGGUCGAUCAGGUCGACAUUCAGGACAACCUCAUGCAGUACGACAUGGAGGGCUUCUCGCUCUCCGAGGUCGAGGUCGGCGGCCUCGGCUCCUUCCAGGACGGGCUCAGCCACGAGGGCCUUGCGCGCGCUCUCCUCUCCCUCCCCCGUGCUGGCCAGGACGACGGCGGAAUGGGUGCUGCUGGCGUCGAGGAGCUCAACACUGCGCUCCGCAUGGCCGAACAGGACCGCGAGAAGUGGGAGGUCGGCCUGUAG